AAAUUACUUACUCAUUCACACUUGUUCAAUCUGCAUCUUCCAUAUUCUUUCAAUUUUCAAUUUCCAUUUCCCAAACAAAAAUGGCACCAAAAGGAGAGAAGAAGCCAGCCGAGAAGAAACCUGUAGAGGAGAAGAAAUCCACAAUAGCCGAGAAGACUCCCGCCGAGAAGAAGCCAAAGGCCGGAAAGAAGCUACCCAAGGACGGUGGCGCCGCUGCCGGAGACAAGAAGAAGAAGAGAAACAAGAAGAGUGUGGAGACCUACAAGAUCUACAUCUUUAAGGUUCUGAAACAAGUUCACCCUGACAUUGGUAUCUCAAGCAAGGCCAUGGGUAUAAUGAACAGUUUCAUCAACGAUAUCUUUGAGAAGCUUGCUGCUGAAUCUUCGAGGCUUGCGAGGUAUAACAAGAAGCCAACGAUAACUUCGAGGGAGAUUCAGACUGCGGUUAGGCUUGUUCUUCCUGGAGAAUUGGCCAAGCAUGCUGUAUCUGAGGGUACCAAAGCUGUAACCAAGUUCACUAGAGAGAAAAAACCAGCGGAGAAGAAACCCGUAGAGGAGAAGAAAUCCACAAUAGCCGAAAAGUCUCCCGCCGAGAAGAAACCCAAGGCCGGAAAGAAGCUACCCAAGGACGGUGGCGCCGCCGCCGGAGACAAGAAGAAGAAGAGAAACAAGAAGAGUGUGGAGACCUACAAGAUCUACAUCUUCAAGGUUCUGAAACAAGUUCACCCUGACAUUGGUAUCUCAAGCAAGGCCAUGGGUAUAAUGAACAGUUUCAUCAACGACAUCUUUGAGAAGCUUGCUGCUGAAUCUUCGAGGCUUGCGAGGUAUAACAAGAAGCCGACGAUAACUUCGAGGGAGAUUCAGACUGCGGUUAGGCUUGUUCUUCCCGGAGAAUUGGCCAAACACGCCGUGUCUGAGGGUACUAAAGCUGUAACCAAGUUUACAAGCGGUUAGAGUUGUAACAGUUUUGUUGUUGUUUAAUGGGUUCUUGUUUACUGGAUCUGGUUUUAUGUUAUUAUAGAUUUCAAGAGUAGUUUUUCUACUCUUUAGCUUGUAUGAUGAAGUAAUGGGAUAUAUUGGAUCCUUUGUGUAUUGAAAAUGGUGGAAUUGAUUAUAUUUGGUGUUCA